CGCACGGCGGAGGGGAACCCCAUCCUGAACUUGGCCUCUAACUCCCUGGACGACGUCCACCGAGGUUGGGUGAAGGCCAUGAAACGGCGCCUCCCAUCCCUGCUGGAAGAGGAGCUGGAGGAGAACCAGCACUUCCAUGAGGCAUGGGACCAAGCCAAGGAGAUGUGGCUGCAGAUGGAGAACCAAGCAAUCUUCCCCUAGACGUUGAGGGCCCUCUACAGCGUCGCUGUCUUCACCUACUCUUUGGAAGAUCCACCACUCUACCAGUCGUUCAACCUGGCGGCCAGAACGGCAUGGAAGAGCCCCCAGGCAGAUGCUGGCUUUCCCUUCAAGUCCUUGCAUUUCCUUCUGACCCAGACGGCCAAGAGGCUAGGAACCAAGGAGCCCAGUUGUGCCAAAGUCUAGAGAGGAACCAAGGUGAAGUUCUCCAUCCAGGGUUUGUUCCGCUUCGGUCAGUUCACUUCCACCUCGGAGAAGAGGCAGGCGGCGGAGGAAUUUGGACACACGACCUUCUUCGUGCCGGUCUCGUCAGGGUUCCCUGUGGGGAAUCUGUCCCGCUUCCCAUGGGCAGAGGAGACGGUGGUGCCGCCCUACGAGAGGUUCCAGGUCACCGGGGUCAAGGAGACGCCAAGGGAGAAGAUGGUGCAUGCCAAGUCGGUGGGCGUCUGCAGCAACCAUAACUGCGAGAAAGGUGAGGGGGAGGCCGCGAGGAGGGACGUGAGUUAUGGAAGGCCACCAGGGAGAUAAAAACUAGCCCCUAGGGGGUGACAGCUCAGGUCUGGCCCUGGGGUGGGGUGGGGUGAGGAAUAGGACACAGGGCCUUUCCCCUCUAGGGGGCGCCGGCCGCUAUCCCACUCCAGGCCAG